CAAUCUGUCAAACGACUUGGCCCCGUGCAGUCGCAUUGCGGUAAAGUUUCAAGCGAUUUUUUGAGUUAAAAGUUAGGUUUAAUGUUUGAUUUAACAUUUUCUUGGUGAUAUUGUGCUGUGAGUAGUUAAUUCGCGAUGCCACACAAGGCGAGAGACGACGAUAGCAUAGUGAAACUGCCACCUCAUUACCUUCACGAGUUGCCACAGGAAGAUGAAGAAAGGUUGGGAAAGCUAUUUACGAAGCUCGACUUGAAUGGAAACGGAAAAAUUGAUAUUCAUGAUUUAUCUGCGGCUCUAAGAGAGCAUGGGGUUCAUCAUGGGUAUGCUGAGAAAUUUCUUAAAAGUACCCAAUCUAAAAGCGGAGAUCUGUCGCUGGCAGAUUUCAUUUACUAUGUCAGGGAACAUGAAAAAAAUCUACGGCUACAUUUUUCACAUCUGGAUAAAAAUAAAGAUGGAAAAAUUGAUUUGGAAGAAUUGGUUAGAGCAUUCAGUGAUUUAGGAAUACCAUUAGAUAGAUCUGAGGCUAGAAAUCUCCUACAAAGAAUGGAUCAGGACGGGAGUUUGAACAUAAGCUAUGAUGAAUGGAGGGAUUUUCUUCUACUUGCCCCCAGCAGCAAUAUUCAAGAUCUCAUUACAUACUGGAGACACUCAACUUACCUGGACAUCGGAGAGGAUAUGAACGUCCCGGAUGACUUCACACAGAGUGAAAUGCAAACGGGAAUGUGGUGGCGACAUCUGGCGGCUGGCGGUAUCGCUGGCGCCGUGUCCAGGACAUGCACAGCACCCUUAGAUAGGCUCAAAGUAUUUUUGCAAGUUCAGCCAUCUAAGCAAAAAAUAUCGGAUUGUUUCAAGAACAUGUUGAAAGAGGGAGGCGUAAACGGACUUUGGCGCGGAAACGGCAUCAACGUGCUGAAAAUCGCGCCCGAAACGGCCAUCAAGUUUGCCGCCUACGAAAAAGUGAAAAGGUUCAUAAAAGGAGACUCGAAACAUACCCUCAGCAUUUACGAAAGAUUUUUCGCCGGCGCUACGGCCGGCGCCAUCAGUCAGACCGCCAUUUAUCCUCUGGAAGUUUUAAAAACUAGGUUAGCUUUAAGAAAAACCGGCCAGUACAAAAGCAUAGCGGACGCAGCGUACAAAAUAUACGUGGGCGAAGGCAUGCGCAGCUUUUAUCGCGGCUACAUUCCGAACAUUUUGGGCAUCAUCCCGUACGCUGGCAUCGAUCUGGCGGUCUACGAAACGCUGAAGAAGAAGUACUUUAUGACGCACGCGCAGGACGAGCAGCCCAGCUUUUGGACGCUUUUGGCUUGCGGCAGCGCUUCCAGCACCUUGGGACAGAUGUGCUCUUAUCCGUUGGCGCUGGUCAGGACUAGGUUGCAAGCGCAAAUAAUCCAUCCUUCGAUAGACCCGUCAACGGUGACGAUGACGGGAACGUUCAAGGGGAUAAUAGAGAAAGAAGGUCUGCUGGGAUUGUAUCGGGGGAUAACGCCGAACUUCAUAAAAGUGAUGCCUGCCGUCAGUAUCAGCUACGUUGUGUACGAGUAUUCGAGCCGGCUUCUCGGCGUGAACAUGACGUGAUGCCGGAGCAUUUUAGGAACAAAUUAUUUAUUUUUUAUUAAACAAUUCCACUCGAAGGGGUCCCGGACGCGGACGAUACUAUCUCUAGCAACUAAACGUUGCUUAGCUAAUUUAUUUACUGGUACAGAUAAAUAUUUAAAUAAGAUUCUCUCCUUGAUAGGCUUUAAAUCCUACAAAUUACUAAUCUUGUUCUAAAAAUUGUUGACGUUAUUAAAUGAACAACGCUUCUCAAGAAAAACCUACGUUAGUUAUGGGAAAUUUUAAAACUUUACACUACCUACUCUGAAUGUUGUUGAAAUUCCAUUCUUUUUCUUUCCAACCAAAGAUGGCACGGUUAUAUGACACUGUGCAGGGUGUUCAAGUUCUGUUUUGAAAACUCUGCACACUUAUUUAUUAAAAAUUUAUAAAAGUGAAGAUUGUGAUGUACUUAAUAUUUUAAUAAUUGGUAUUUAUUAUACUAUGUAUAACUGUAUUUAUAUAUAAAAUAUUUAAAUAAAAACUAUGAUUUAAACUUUA